AUAUCGAUAAGUUCAGCAUAUUUACGUUUACACGUGUAAUUCCUGCUGUUGGAGUUAAUUAUUUACAGAUUCUAAACAAUUUAACUUCAAUGGAUGUCAAUUAAAAGAAUUGACGAUUAAUAAUAUUAUAUGACAAUGGCAACAGUUCAAGAGCGAAAGGGUACUUUUAAAGUAGAAUAUCUGCAAAAGAUCGAGAAGGAAGUGCAAGAGAAAUGGGAAAAAGAGAAGAUCUACGAAAUUGAUGCUCCUUCCGCUAAAAACGAAUCAGCGGCAGAUUGUGAAAAGUUUUUUACUACUUUCCCAUUCCCGUAUAUGAAUGGCAGACUUCAUCUUGGUCAUACAUUUACACUCUCCAAGUGUGAGUUUGCAGUGCGUUACCAUCGUUUGAAGGGCAAAAAAUGUCAAUUUCCAUUUGGAUUUCACUGCACUGGAAUGCCCAUCAAAGCAUGCGGAAAACUGAAGAGAGAGAUGGAGCUGUAUGGUUGUCCUCCUAAGUUUCCCAUUGAUGAGAGCCUGCUUGUGGAGAUGCCAAAAGAUGAGGAACUGAUGAAGGAUAAGGCGAAAGGAAAGAAGAGUAAAGCAAUGGCUAAAACAGGUGGAGCGAAGUACCAAUGGCAGAUAAUGAGAUCAAUGGGCUUGAAAGAUGAUGAAAUCAAAAACUUCGCCGACGAACUCUUUUGGCUAGAUUACUUUCCACCGUUAGCUGUCAAUGAUCUUCGCAGGAUUGGAUUGCAUGUGAGUUUUCCAAUAAUUUUUAUCUUAUCUUCUUGAUACUCUUUUGAUCUUCUCUAGUCAUGAUAAAAUUACAC